AUGUUUCUUCUCGUACAAAUAUUUCGCUUACUAAAAUUGUGUAUAAUAUUUCAACAGUAUAAUCGAACGGGUCUUGGAUGUCAAUGCAACCAAGCAAUCGCAGUGAUCGGCGCGGGAGGUGGCGCUGCCGGCGUAAAAGGCGUGUUCCGUACGUGGAACUGGCCGCACAUGCCUGUGCGCAUCUUUACGUACCGCGUCGGUGGAGACGCCGCCGCUGGACAUAAUAUGAAGGACAUGGCGUGCACUAAUAAAGGUUUUUACGUGACAAUAAACGAGCACUCGGAGAUUAAAUCGAAAGUGCUGCACUUCGUGGAAGUGUUGGCGCGGCCGCUUGUCAUGUACCAGACCAUGCACCCCGUGCACUGGAGCCCGGCGUACGUCGGCGGAAGGAGCAGCAGUUUAGCUGAUGAUGGCAUGGGACAACUGAUGUCUUCCGUCACCGUACCAAUCUUCGAUAGGAGAAACCACACGCAAAGAGAAGCUAAUUUACUCGGCGUUGUUGGAACUGAUGUACCUAUCGAUCAAAUAAAGAAGCUCGUGCCACCAUACAAGUUGGGUGUAAACGGUUAUUCGUUCAUGGUGGAUAACAACGGGCAUGUAUUGUAUCAUCCUGAUUUGAGACCAUUGCAUACGAACGAGGAAUACACUGAGACGCUGCGUCCUCUGUACUCGAGUGUGGACCUCACCGACGUGGAACUGCUGGUCGACUCUGAUGAGAAUUCUAGGGUCAACCUCACCUCGCUGCUACUCGAUCUUCGUCACGACAUGAUAGAACAGAGGGAAGGUGAGACAGAGAUCGCAGUUAAAGUGCAAUACGACAACAUGCGCCGCGUCGCCACUAGGCGACAGAGGUACUUCUACAGUCCGGUAGAUGGCACUCCGUUCUCACUGGCGGCAGUGUUGCCAGACGGAUACGGCAUGUAUGAGCUGCAGGCGGAACAAGAGGUCAAACAUAGUCCUGUUAAUGUCACGGAAUACUUCAAAGGCGAAAACUGGAAAGUUCAUCCUGACUGGGUGUACUGUGAGUACGCUUCGACAUCAGACCAGACGUUUAACUCCGCGGAGGAGCAACUACUGCACUUCUUGUCGCGCGCGGGGCGGCCCGGCUGGAAGUGGAUGUCACUGAGACCACGGGCACUCACUCUGCACAAUGCGCACAAGAAACAGGAUAGGGACUCUUAUUACUGUGACAAAACUUUAGUGCAAUCAUUAAUUAGGGAUGCAAUGGUAAUCAAAGAAUUGGACGCUCACACUGGACAUGCCAGCCAUCACUCACAGCAAGGAAGGUUCCACAAGUUCGUGGUGACGCUGUCGUUCAUCGCAACACGCAGCGGUCUGCUGCGCUGGACUGAAAAUGUUAACACGUCCAGGAGCACUGAUUCGUCAGAACCACACUUCAGUGAGAGAUACUCUCGCGCAUACGACUCUGAAUGGUAUCGUCGCGCGGUGGAGCACCACGCUAUUGAACCCGAGAGCUUCGUGUUCUCGGUACCCUUCCGUGAUGGGUCAGAAGCUGAGGAGCUGAGUGGCCGCCCCCCUCUAGUGCUGGCCACGCACGCUGUCUUCGUGGAGUCCCGCGGGCACCGCGCACCCGCCGCCGUCGUGGGCCUUCACUUCCAGCUGGACUCUCUAGCUAAACACUUCUUGAACGUCACUUCAGCAUGCACAGCUGGUACUUCUUGCAAGAAGACAUGCGCGGGCGACGAGUUGGACUGCUAUAUUUUGGAUGACAACGGCUUCAUCAUUUUGUCAGAGGACGUCUCACAAACUGGUCGGUUCUUCGGACAAGUCGAUGGUACUAUUAUGGAUUCCCUAGUACAGGAUCGAAUAUACAAAAAGGUCGUUGUACACGAUCAUCAAGGUCGAUGUCCGGAUUCCAGAAACUCAUUUAGUGGCGACGGUCACAAAAUUUCGCCUCUGAAACCGCUGUCUUGGCUCGGCGGAUACCUCACUAGUCUGCUUGCCGUAUGGUUCCCACUGUGGGAGCCAGUACGUGCACGAGCCAGGCCAUACGCUGAGGAAGAAGUUGAUUACGAGGACUACGAAAGCGAAGAUAUGGAAAAUGAUGAUGACUUGGACAGGGAUCGUGGUACAUAUGAGAUCAUAAUCGAUGGGUUGGGUGAGAGUUCCCGUGACACCGGCCGGGUACACCCGGGCCCGCCGCCCCCCUCGAGCGGGGGCGUGCCGCCUCCCCCGCCCCGCGAGGCUGCCCGCUCGGCCGCCGUGCGACCCUGCGACACCAGCGCAGAGCUGUUCACACUGCAGUCCUCACGACUCAACACGGCACAACCACUCAAGGGCAAGCUCACUAAUUGCCAUAACUCUGGCUGCGAGAGGCCAUUCAGCGUGCAGAAGAUCCCGCACAGCAACCUGAUCCUGCUGGUGGUGGACACGCUGUGCCCGUGCGGCGCCAAGCGGCUGGACGUGCGAGCGCGCGAGGCGGCGGCGCGCGCCCCCUGCCGCCGCCACACUGCCCACCACCGCCGCCGUCCCGCACACUGCGGCUCCUACCAUCCUGAGGUAACCUUACACACUCCAACAAUUUUUUAUGGAAAUCGAGAUCCAGUCAUGUGGUCGCGGCGGUCGGUUGCUCCCAGCAGUGUGGGCGGUGCUGUCCCCGCUGCUCCUGCGCCAGUUAGUGAGCACGUGACUGCGCGUGCGCACCUAAUGUUGUACCACCGUGCGGCGCACAGCGCUCGGAACGCCGGCGAGUCGUGAAACUCUCUGUACCCCACUCAGUUUCAGUAAACCGGUCGAUUAUUUCAAUGUUAUCUCUUAGUUUCACGACAUCUCCAGGGAAGCUUCAUCCGAAUAUGGCGUUCAAGUAUUCUUGCGAGUGAUAUGAGUGGAGUGGAGUGCGGUCUGUAUGUAUGCGGUGUAUGUCUGUCUCUUCUCAGUCGCUCCAGCCGCCGAGUGGCCGGCGGUGAUUGCGUCAUGGGGCCGAUGUAAUUGUGCCACCAUGCGACUCACCGCCGGGUACCCGGUACCCGGUACCUACACUCAGCUGCUGGAGCGUUUAAUGAGGGGCUUACAGUUUUGAUCAAUUUUACCGACUGAAGUUUUGGUCCGACCAAGUGAACUUUUGAUCUUGUUUUGAGACAGGAUUAUAGUCGAGUUAGGGUACGAUUAUUGAAAUAUUUUCUCCUCUCUGUUAAGUUGUCACUUUCAUAUUGUAACUGAUGCGGACGCAUGCGGUAAUAGGUAGGUAACGAAUAUCUUGUUAAAUUUAAAUUGAAGAUUAUCACAAACUUGGAGAUCUUAUAAAUUAUAGCUAAUGUUAAUAGGUAUUGAAAGAUAAUUAAUGUAAAAUAUUAAUAUCGUUUAACAGUUUUAGAAAAAUUUACCUAUGUUGAGACCUAAUUCGAUUUUAUUUCUUGAUAUCUGUCAUUCAAUUUUAUCGCAAACUUAUUGAAUAGUUGCAUAGGGGUUGAUGUAAAUAAGAAAUUAUUUGUUUGUAGAGAGAUUUCUUUGCUGAGUUUAUGUGUGCCUGUGUAAUGUAUCAGUCGUUGUGUCGUAGAGCAGACGUCGCGGCGCCGCCCGCACUGCCAUACUGGGGAACAAACCUAGAGGUAUUGUAGCUCGCUGAAGUCGCGCCCGCCGGGGCCGCGCGUUCCGGGCGCCACGACGCCUGUCUCUCUGACGACUUUCCAUUUUAGUCGUUAGUGAUUUUCUCGCCUAAUCUUCGAGUAAUGUCGUAAAGAAACUGUAAACAGUUUCGUAUUUUUAUUGUAAAUAUUUUACUAACUUAAAUGGCCUAUUACAAUUUUAAGAAAGUGUGUUGCUAUAAUAUAGGUCGUUCAAAUUCGACUUCUGCUGUCGUCAAUAUCAACAUCGUCAUAUCGAUCUGUAACAAUAAUUGUUUGCAUAUCAUAAUGUUCUCUUUCGAUUGUUUCAAGUUGAAAGGAAAAGGCCUCUGAACAUCGGAUAAGUACUGACACUACUUUCAUACGUAAAUUUCAAAUUUCGGAGUAUAAGAGAAUAAGCGUAUUUACCUAUUAACUUGUUUGUACCUAACCUAAAUGUGAAUGUUACAUAGGAGUAAUGAUCAAAUCCACAUACUUACAUUAAAUAGUUUUAUAUAUCAUACCUAUUUAUUGAAUAGUCAUUAAUGUACACGAGUAUACGGCUUGCUAUUGUCCGUUAUAAGUGUCCCAAUAUUUGAAACAGUGUAAAACCCCGUACAGAUAUUCCUAAAGCACAUAGCCAGAGUUAGAGAUUGAGUGCCAAACCACUAUGAUACAAU